GACUCACAGCCAUGGCCGCCCUCCAAUCAAUACCACGCUUCCUCCUACCACGAAGGCCUCACCUGAUACGACCGCAACCCCGCGCAUUGCGCCUGCUGCCCUCCCCCACCAGCCUCCGUCAUGCCUCCGUCUCCGCCAAAGGUCUUUCGGAAGAGUUCAAAAGACGCCGAGAAGCACAGCAAAGUAAGGGAACACCCGUAAUUCCGCAGCCCGAUAAAUACCGGCCGCCAUCGCACGGCAAAAAGCCCCCGAAUCGCAAUCUGGAGAACAAGAUCUAUGGCCCGCCAUUAUCGGAAGAGGAUAAGAAGCGCAUGGCGACGAAAAAGUACCCGAAUAUGAUGAGUCCAGAGGGCACAUUCUCCCAUUGGUUCCUGCAUAACAAGGCUAUUCACUUGUGGAUCACAAUGGGUAUCCUCGUCUCACUCGCAGUAACCGCUUGGUACCUAGACUUCAUCCAUAAAACCAUUUAUGCCCACCUCCUUCCCUCACGCAAAGAUUUCCUGCACCACCCCUUCCAGUCUACAUCGCGAUUCAUCGAAAUCUACAAGAUGCACAUGGCGCAGACGUCGCAGGAGUAUCAGCAGCAGCGGCUGAAGAAGGCCGAGGAGGUGGAGAAGAGGAAACAGUAUAGGCUUAUGAGGCAGAGGGAGGCAGAAGAGAGGGGAGAGGAAUAUGUUGAGGAUCCGAGGUAUUACGUGGGAGAGGAUGGUGUUAGGCGCAGGAGGGUUAAGAGGUGGUUUGGUAUUUGGGAGUGAGAAGACUGUUUUGUUUUGCUUUUCAUGCGUGGGAAGAAGCACCACAAGAAAGAAAUUUGUACGAGUGAGGGAAAAGGACAACGACAUGCCAAUUUGGCGAACAUCUACAAGGUCACCACCGCUCUAUAAAGGGAUAAUUGUGGCCAAAGAGGCCAGCUGGGUGACGAGGCGACAAGACGUAGUGCAUGUGAAGUGUGAUAAGGUAUGUAUAUUGAACAGUGUAGAAUAUAUAUAUUGAUAUCAGCCACUCA